AUGGCAAUAUUUACACUUUUUUUUGCUCGAGUUCAAAUUGGCUCUAAAGUAGUGGCUCAAUUUUUUUACCGUCAUGCAAAGUUUUGUGCUUCUCACCCUAUUUUUAUGAUUGUCUUGGAAAUCUUCAUAGUCUUACUUUUAUGUUAUCCUGCUUUCGAUACUUAUUACUUGAAUCCCGUCAAAGACGUUAACCAUACAUUUUUUUGUGAUGUAUCUCCAUCUAAGCCACAAAUAUUAAAGGAAACUUUUGCUGACAAACAUGGAGCUCGGCCUUUAUUUUACGUAGAGCAAGUUAUCAUAAAGAUAGCUAAUUUAGGGAAAAAUAAUGAAGGUGAAAGUGCUAGUGUUUUGGAAAAAGAUUUAUUGUUAUGGAUUUUAGGUUUGCAAGAAAAAAUCGAGAAUGCUGUUAUAAGAUAUCCUAGUCUUUCUUCGUCAAUUGCUUCGACUUCUAUAAGAUAUACCCUUUCAGAUAUAUGCUUUAAACCUUUUAAUAGUAACUCAUGUUUGAUUCAUUCCCCACUUGAUUAUUGGUUGAAUAAUGCCGAUCACCUUUCUCAUGACUCUUCUAUUCAAGCUACUCUCUCAUUGGCAAACAAAAUAUAUCUUGAAAAAUUCAUUCCUUUAAAUUCAGUCUUUGGAAAUGUCGUGUAUGAGGGAAGAAAAAUCAUUAGUGCAGACUCGAUAAUUUUAACGUAUUUUUUGAAAGAAAUUGAAGAUUACAACAAAGGUCUAACGAUUUCUAUUUGGAAAGAGAUUUGGAAUCAGAUUAUAAAUGAUAUAAACACUACCUUUCUCCUUGGUGAUGAUCCCAUUAAAAGUGUAAACAUGAGCAAUCGAGGAGAAUUGAAUUAUUUAUUUUUUAAUUCGAAUCGAAACGAUUCUUCGGAAUUUUUGACCGAGUUGCUUCUUUUUACGAUAGCGUACUUUCUUUUUUUCUUUUACAUUAUUCUCUCAUCCGGUCGUCUUGAUUUCGCCAAGUCUAAGUUUGGUCUCCUCUCCUCGGUUAUUAUUCAGGUGUUUGCUUCGUUAAUUAUAUCACUUAGCAUCUACUCUCUAUUUGACGUCACGUUAACAUUUACCUCUAUAUCGAUAUCUUGGAAACUAUUACCUUUCGUUUUUAUCUUGAUUGGUAUAGAAAAUAUGUUUACUUUAAUCGAUGCUGUAGCAAUGAUCCCCGCUCAACUGGAUGUAAAAGAACGUGUCGCUCAAGGCCUCGAAAAAGUAGGGUAUACUAUUACAAAAACACUCGCAAUUUGGCUCUUAUUGCUGUUGAUAUGCUCAAUGACAAAUAUAGAUUCAAUCAAAGAAUUUUGCAUUUUCACUUCAAUCGCCAUGAUUAUCAUCUAUAUUCUACACAUGUCAUUUUUUGUAGCGACUUUAUCUAUUGACCUUAAGAGAUCAGAGUUAGAAAUAUUAUUUAAUAAUCCUAUUAGUAAUUCGAAUAAUGACACCAAUGCAAAUACUAUCCCACUUUUGAAAUCAAUUAACUAUGGUCGUAAAAUCAGUGGGUUAUUAGUCAUUCUCAUAUUCUUGGUGGCAGUGCCAAAUUCUCCAUAUUUUAAGUUUGCAUUUGACAACCUAAAUGAUAGUUCUGUGAUUGAAUCUGCUACAAAUAUAAAUAUCACAUUUUGGGAAACAUCAAUAGCUGCAACCACUGAUAAAUUUUGGGAUAUUAUGAGUCUGGAUAAAAAAGAUCAAUUUGCUAUAAUUCAACCUACCAGGGAAUUGACAUUAUUUUAUGGCACUGAACAUGAUAAUGACAUAGAUACUUCCUAUUCAUCCAAUAGUAAUAUAAAUUGGAAAUUCAUUACAAAGAAAUCUUUAAAAACUUUUAUUUUAUCUCUCAAGUUUAUUACAGUUCCUGCUAUUAUUAUAAUAUUUUUAACAUCUUUCUUGGUGGGAUAUUCAUUACCGUUGGAUUUGAUAAUUCGAAAAACAGGAAAAUCAGUUGAAAAAGUUGGAAAUAAAAUAAUCUUACCAGUGUCCUCACCUUCUGGAAGUUCUACUUUAUGUUUUGCCACACUUCGUGUUAUAACUUUACGUGGUCGUCAUUCAGCUGAUGUGGAUUUACUUUGCGCGAAUUUUAAUGGUGUUAUAAUCUCGACUUCUACUGAUAGACACAUUACAUCAUGGGAUGGAAGACAAGGCAUACCAUUAAAAAAACUUGAAAGAUAUAUGCGCCGCUGUGAAACAUGUAAAUGUGACAGUACCGGAGGACUUAAAAAUUGUAUUACAUGGCCGGUUCGGGCAAUCUGCAUGAGUGAAAAAAUCGAUCUUGUCGCAGCUGGAUUUGAUGAUGGAGUGGUACGAGUGUGGGAUAUAAAUUCAGGUCAAGCCAUUUAUAUCUUAAAAUAUACUGUUGAAGAUAUUGAACAAAUGACGCCAGCAAUUAAUCAUACUUGUGAAAAAGUUACCUGUUUGCAAAUUGUAGUACCAAAUUUACAUUCCUCUUAUGAUACAUCUGAAUCUACAUCAAACAAAAAAAUUCCUUCCAUGAUUUUGGCAACUUACCUAAAUGGUUAUUUUCGAGAAUGGGAUCUUAUUUCUGGUCAGAUUGCCCAUACAGUUUUCACCAAUCAAAAGGGUGGUAUCAGUUGUCUUUUUGUGGUUGAUGAUGAAAAGCAAAAUUAUAUUCAAGAUGAAUUACAUAUUUUUACUGGAGCACGGGAUGGAUCUGUCAAGUGUUGGAGCCGUACAGUUCAUAAUCCAGAAGAUGAAUCUAGAAGUAAUAAUUCGUACUGUAAAAGCAUGUGGAAAUUACUCUACACAAUACCAGGAAAAUCUAGAAAUGCAAUCACAAGUAUAGCCGCUGAAGUUGUCAAAACUAAAAAGAGUUGUACUGGUAUUGUGGUUACUGGAGCUGCAAACGGGGAAGUUAAAGUGUAUGAUUACCUCACAGGACAACCGAUGGUGACUUUAAGCUGUGGAACUUUUGGAAAACAUCAUAAUGCAAAAGAGUGUGGAGAACAGUUAUUAUUUCAACGAAAAUUAUUUACUAAUCAAGAUUUACUUGAAAAGUAUGGUUAUGAGCUUCCAGACAAGACUAAAGGUAAUGUUUCUCACAAGGAUGUGGUUACUAAUGUUAUAAUUCACAAACUUAAGGAAGAGUGUUGUCCGUGUGGAAAUACUGUAGAGACUAGUGGUUUUUCGAUUACAACUUCAUCGUUGGAUGAAAAAGUGUAUUUUUGGCAAUUAAUCCGAAAUACCAUAAACUGUGCGUGCAUGGUUUCCAAUAUAAGUGAUUUUACCACUGAUGAUAAUAAUAAUAAAGACGCCUCAGGACGACAUUGGGAUGAUAUAGUAACAAAAUUUCUUGGGUGUGUGAACCAACCUGGUGGUUCGGCAAUCGGAUUUUUCAGGGGAAACAUAUUUGGAGCUCGUCAUGCUAAAAAUUCAAAUGCGUCCAUUAAAAGAUGCCAUGGUGCUGAAGGCGAGUGGGAAGUUUGGAUUCUGGACACUCAUAUUCUCGAGCCAAUUGAAAGAAUUGAUGGUUCAGAAAAUUACGAUAUCGAAUUUAAAGUUAAAACUGUUCCAUUGGUCGACGAAAGUGAUUUGACCAUAGAAGAACAACGAAACAAUCGAAAAAAUACGCAUAAACCGUCCAAUCUCGAAAAUGUAGAAUUAAAAGGGUUUGUUAGGCGACCGAAAACUACCUUAACGAAAGGAAAUUUCGUCUUAAGUCCAUCAUUCCCUUUAGAAAAUCAGAAUCAAAAUCAUUCAUAUGUUCACAACCAUGAAGAAGGUCAUAUGCAAGGUCAAGUUGUGGAUUAUAGACAGCGAAAUAAAAAACGAAGCGGGAGCGUAUCAAAUCGUGUUUGUCCAGAUAAGAUUAAUAACGAUCAAAAAUCGUCGUCAUUUAGAGAGGAAGAUGAAAUGGAUGAAGUACUACCAUUCGCUUAUAUACGACGAGUUGUCAAAAUGGGAGAAUAUGGAAUAGCUGUCAC